CGGGGAAUAAACACGGAGCGGCGGCAGGAGCAGGAUUGACCUCCCCCGGUGCGCACCAUCCAUGGUCCUCCCCUGGAUGUCUGUCUGACAGGAGGGUUGCUGUUACGUUGGUGAAGAGACAGAAGCAGGCCCUGAGUCGGAGGUGAAGAGAGCCAGACGGGAGUCCUCCCAGCCAGCAGGGAGCAGCAGCAGGCAUGCAGGACUCCGCUUCGGACAGCAAGAUGGCCAAACAGGAACAGAACUCCAAGUAUCGUGAUGAACACAGAGAAACAGACGACAUGUCCGAGAAGAUGUCCCCAAACAAAACCCCCAAAUCUCCCCAGAAAGGCUCCAAGCGACUUAAAACCACCCCCUUCAAAGUGACCCUGCUGGACUCCGCCGAGUUCGAAGGAGAAAUCGAGAAACACUCCAAAGGACAGACCCUGAUGGACAUGGUCUGUGAGCACCUCAACUUGCUGGAGAAGGACUAUUUUGGUCUGACCUUUGCCGACACAGACACCCAGAAGAACUGGUUGGACCCCUCCAAGGAGAUCAAGAAGCAGAUGCGCAACUCUCCGUGGCACUUUGCCUUCGCUGUCAAGUUCUACCCUCCAGACCCCUCCCAGCUCACUGAGGAUAUAACCAGAUACUACCUGUGUCUGCAGCUGAGGGAUGACAUGCUGUCAGGUCGACUGCCGUGCUCGUUCGUCACUCACGCCCUCCUGGGCUCCUACACCGUUCAGGCCGAGCUGGGGGACUACGACCACGAUGACCACGGCUCCGACUACGUCAGCGAUUUCCGCUUUGCCCCCAAUCAGACUCGCGAGCUGGAGGAGAGGGUGAUGGAGCUCCAUCGAAACUACAAGGGGAUGACUCCAGCAGAGGCUGAAAUUAACUUCUUGGAGAAUGCCAAGAAACUCUCCAUGUACGGGGUGGACCUCCAUCACGCCAAGGACUCUGAAGGGAUUGACAUAAUGUUGGGCGUCUGCGCCAACGGCCUGCUGAUUUACCGUGAUAGGCUGAGGAUCAACCGCUUUGCCUGGCCAAAGAUCCUCAAGAUCUCCUACAAGAGAAGCAACUUCUACAUCAAGAUACGACCUGGAGAGUAUGAGCAGUUUGAAAGUACAAUUGGCUUUAAGCUUCCUAACCACAGAGCUGCCAAGAAGCUGUGGAAGGUCUGCAUCGAGCAUCACACCUUCUUCCGGCUGGUGUCUCCAGAGCCUCCUCCUAAGGGCUUCUUGGUGAUGGGGUCAAAGUUUCGAUACAGUGGAAGGACGCAGGCUCAAACCAGACAGGCCAGCGCUCUUAUAGACCGGCCUGCGCCGCAUUUUGAGCGCUCCACCAGCAAGAGGUACCUGCUGUCCAGGAGCUUGGAUGGAGAGUUCUCACGGCCGGUGUCAGCCAUGUGUGAGAACCACGAUGGCCUCUCCCACCGCAGCGUCAGUGAACAGCGUCGCCUCCACAGCCCCUCUGUGGACGAGCAGGAGACCGAGCUGGAGCCCAGUUUGGAGCAGGACGAGGAGGACAGGGACCAAGAGCAGGGCCAGAAUACGGAGCAGGACAGAGACCACGAUGGCAAUGUCACUCCGAGCAAAAAGAAAGAGAUCAUGUUUCUGGAUAAGUCGCAGGACUUCCUGCUGAAGCACCAGGCCAGCAUCAACGAGCUGAAGAGGACCCUGAGGGAGCCCAACAGCAAGCUGAUGAACCGCGAGAAGCGCCUGUCAGCCACCUCCCCGACAGGCACGCCAGAGAAGAAGGCUCCUCCUGUGGCAAAGAAAGACCCCAGUGCUGUGAGUGUGGCCCACAUGCUGAAGAGGUCCGACACCAAGACGGAGACGCAUACGAACGGAUCAGAGAUCCACCCCAACAUCGUGAAUGUCUCACCGCAGAACUACGGCGUCGUCAGCCCACGGGAGGCUUCUGCUGCCCUUAAAGAAAACGGCUCCCCUGUAAGAGCUGGCACCCAGGAGAGGGAUUCUGUUGUGUCCCCGCUGACCAUCACCGCUGAGAACGUCACCUCAGCAACCACAACUCAAGUUACCAAGACUGUGAAAGGAGGCUACUCCGAGACCAGGAUCGAGAAAAGGAUUAUAAUCACAGGAGACGACGAUGUGGACCAACAUCAAGCCCUCGCCAUGGCGAUCCAAGAGGCCAAGCAGCAGCACCCCGACAUGCUGGUGACAAAAGCAGUGGUUAUCAGGGAAACAGAGUCUCCUACGGAGGAGCUGCAGCAGAAAGCAGAGUCCUGAUCGGUCAUGGUGGCUCCUGAGUCAGGGGGACAGGAGAGGAUCCUCCUGCUGUGUGUCUCCUGCCCCGCCCUGCAGUACGCCACCAACCGGCCACGAGGACUCUCUACCCUGCCUGUAUACACACCGACACGAGAACAGACUGCGUUCCAUGAAGCAGUAGACCUCCACUCCUCUCCCUUUAGACAAACCAACUGUGACUCGGCCUCUGACCCAACCCGGCCUCCCAUCCUAUCCCGGCCCGUCCCUGCCCUCCACCUCCUUAUGGAACAGGAAACGGCUUCUAUUGGAAGAUUUGGUUUAAUCAAUUGGAGUGACGCAAGAUUGAAAGUGAAACCCGGUCACACCUGUUGCUAUUUGAAUUCACCUCUGUCAGAGUUAUAUAUGAAACUUUUAUUUACACAUUAUGUAAUUGAAUACAGUUUGAACCCUGAGGAUCAUUUGAAUCAAUGAGUUUUCAACCCUAAAAUCACCCCAGGCCCAAUUCCUUCCCUUCACAAAUUCCUUCUUUCUAGAUCCCUUUAAAGACCCCUCCCCCGUGCUACUGUCACAUAUGAAAUGAAUAAGAUAUAAGAGCCGAGGAGGGUUUGCACGAAAGGAUGGGGACAUCGCUGGUGGUGGAGGGGGUGGGAUGGUUGGUGUCAAGUGGCAAGAGGCAGCCUUUUGCUCAAUGUUGCCACUCCUGGCUGUGACACCUUCAAUAUAAUCGACAGCUGUCUUAUUAGCUUUUUACAUUUUUAUCUAUAGAGGGUCUAAUUUAUGUCAAGUGUUCGCUUGUUUAUGAAAUAUGUAUAAUAUCAGAUGAUUAUAAUCUGCAUGAUUCAAUUACAAAAUAGCCGAGGGAAUGAAAAAAAAAAAAAAAAACUACACGGACAUGUCCAAUCCAUAAGAAGCUCU